CCCAGCGGCCGCCUGCCCUCUUUCCGCUGUCUCUCAGCCCUACGAGAUGGCGGCGCCCAGGGGUCGGCGAUUGCUGUCGUACGGCCGGUGUUGGUUCUCGCAGGCCGAGUCUGCUGUCCCCCUGCAAGCCUCCGACUCGCUCUACCCGCCCAUAGUGGCUUCUGCCACCGCGAAGAGCAAAGCGGCCAAGCAGAGGCGCCUGGAGCACUUCAACCAGCAGGUGCACGAGGCGGUCUCGAUCGAGGAGAAGCUGCGACUUUACGGGAAACUGCAGCGGCCCAAAUACAUGCUUUACCCGCAGACCUUCGCCCUCAACGCCGACCGCUGGUAUCGCAGCUUCACCAAGACCGUCUUCGUACCGGGGCUGCCCCCGAGAGCGGCGCCGGCAGCCGCGAAAGCCCCAGAGGACGCGGCGGGAGUGGCCCCGGAGGCCGCCGAAGCCCCGGAAGCUGGAACAGCGGCAGCCGCGUCUGCGAGCGCUGCGAAGUCGUACCUGGAUGUGGCUGCGUUGCGCUCCCUCGCCUGUGAUGCCCUCCUGCAGGAGAGCUACUAUCAGAAUAAGAAGCGGCCGUUCCUCUACCGCGAUCAGGAUCACACGCCCGGCCCGUUCCUUACGCAGCUCGUCUCCACCCUCGCCGCAUUUCUCUGCGGUCGCAACCCGCUGCUGGCCGCCUCCUCCCUUGAUCUAAAUCCUGAAGUUAACUAUUACUGGCAUCAUGGUGAGGAAGUUGUUGUUCAUGGACAUCGAAAGGGUAGAGUUGAUCCGGUGCGAUUUCAGAUAGAUGACAGCCCACACCUCCAGCUCCGUGUGCCACAGCAGCUUCCAGAGAUUGUGCCACUGGAGUCAGAUCUGGGAGAUGUUCCUGUUAUUGAUCACAAACCAUCCAAACUGCCAUUGUUCAAAAAGCAGUAUGAAAACAAAGUGUUUAUAGGAUCAAAGGUAGCAGACCCAUGCUGUUAUGGACACACCCAGUUUCACCUUCUUCCUGAUAAACUAAAACGGGAGAGAUUUGUAAAGGCAAAUCUUGAGGAUCAGAUUGAGGUUGUGUAUCGAGCUAAUGGUAUUGCAAGUCUGUUUGCUUGGACAGCAGCACAAGCAAUGUAUCAAGGAUUCUGGAGUGAAGCAGAUGUGACCCGUCCUUUUGUAUCGCAGGCAGUAGUGACUGAUGGAAAAUACUUUGCUUUCUUUUGUUACCAGCUAAAUACUUUAGCACUAACUGCAGAAACUAUUAAAAAUAACCCUAGGAAGAAUAUCUGUUGGGGUACAGACAGCAAGCCAUUAUAUGAUGUUGUGGAAGAUGGUAGCGUGAAAGGUUUUAAUGAUGAAGUUCUGCUUCAGUUGGUUUGUUUUCUGUUAAACAGACCAAAAGAGUUGUAAAUCAUUAAAGUAUGCCUGUUUAUUUACCUGAACUUCAUUGUAACUUCAAGAAGUGUGGGCUAGAACGUGCCUUGUUCUUAGUCAAAUGUAUGCCUAGCAAACACUAUAUACAUCUUUUAUGGUAUUUAGGCCUCAUUACUUUUAAGUGUGUGAUUCUGUACACUGAGAAAUAAAAGUCUAGAAUAUCUUCAUGUCUUUUGUACAUUUACUGUAGAAGUAUACUACACUAAUUCAAAGUCCUGUGGAUACUUUCUUUAAUAGAUUCAUAGCUCUAUGUUGAGCUAUCAGAGCAAACUGUGAUUUUUUUUUUUAUGACCAUCUGAUUAUGUUGCUUGAUAUUCAAGACCACUGAAAAUUUUCUGAUUUUGUGCCUGAAAAGAAAUCAGUUGUCUUAAAUGCUUACUCUUUCUAAAGAGAAAAUGAGCUCAUAAUAAAGUGUUUCUUAAGAGCGAA